AUGGUCCCUAGAUUGGAAGAUAUAGUCAAAGAAAGAGAAUUGACAGGUCUCACAAGAUCGAGCUUUGAGGAAUCCAUGCUGAGCAACACUCAGUAAGUUGUUCGCUGUUAAGUGACACAUCAUCUUAUCUUUGGUCAAUGUCUCUAAGAUCUUCGAAACUGCGGGUAGGAAGCUGCGCAACUCUAAAUAGCAAUAUUUGUUAAAAUCCGGCCCAAAAGUUUCUGCUGGCAUUCAAUGCGUUCCUUUUCAGAUUGUCGCGUGCUGAUGACUUUUUUUACAUCGGUAUAGAAAGAGCCGAUAUUUAAAACUGAGAAAUUCUGCAGAUCUUUCAGAAGGUUGGAGCACGUGACUUAUGGUAGUCAACCUUACAUAAUAAAGUAUAUAAUUCUUAAUUUGACCAAAUCCUACAGAAAUUGAUAUGUCGAGGAACAGCAACAGAUUAAGCAUACAUAUAUGUGAUUUUAGGCUGAUUGUAGCAACCAAGAAAGCCCGAUAGCUGUGCGGAGGUACCUGCGUAACCGAUUCGAGGUCCACGCUUUGCAUUAUGUGUCCACUUAAAAAUUAACUUCCUUGUCAUCCUUAGCUUAAGUUUAUGGUGUGAGAAACUAAAUCUACAUUGAGAUUUUCGUGGCCACCCCAAACCUAUGGUCGGUAAGGUUGUCAACUGACGGUACAAAUUAAUUCAGCAUGUAGAUGUGACAAAUGAUGCAAUGGCCACACAAUAAUUUCAUAUCUUAAAAUUUGCACCGAAAUGGAAUUUGGCUAGGAAGUGAUGUCUUAAUGUAACGGACUGCGGUCAUCCGUUUUAGAGCUUUUAACUAAUUAAAGUUUAGGUCAAAGGCCUGUAAAACUCAGAGGUCUAUUGAAACUGCACUUCUGUUUUUGCUGUUGCGUUGCUUGCAUGCGACCGCCCUGUCUGGUAUAUUUACAUUGACACAGUGUACUGCUUAUCUUCCAUUUAGCAUUCAAGUAUUUUUUCCCCGUUUUCAUCCGUGUUAAGGGUUUCAUAUAUAUGAAUUAAUUAAUUCAUAUAUUAAUAUAUAUUAAUAUAUAUUCUAUGAGUUAGGUUAAAUUCUAUAUAUAGGUUAAAUUCUAUACAUAAGUUAAAUUCUAUAUAAGUUUAAACUUAUAUAGAAUUUAAUUUAUUUAUAGAAUUUAGAUUAUAUAUAGAAUUUAACCUAACUCAUAGAAUGUAGAAUUUAACUUAAAUUGAAUUUAACUUAUAUAUGCGUAAUAUAUAUUCCAAUCGUUUUAUGGUUUCGGUUCCUAGGUUUCAUGGACGUGAUUGCAAAAUAUAUCAAGAAACAGCGCAAGCAAAGAAAACUUCGUUCGCCCUCACCAGUAAAUAAUUUUUUCUAAUACUAUUACAUUUUACAAGACGAGUAGAUUUGUCGAAGAGUCACUCAUCUCCAGUGAGCUUCAGGGAAGUUACGACGGAAAUGAGGGAGGACAUGUUAACUAUGGAAAAAUUUCUUUCAAAAAUAUCUCAUCAAAUACCGCCUCCUGCUGUCGUGUAAGUGUUGUGGUAAUCAACAUAUAUAUAUAUAUAUAUAUAUAUAUAUAUACAUAUAUGUAUCCAUGUGUGUCGAUUUGUAGGCGCGAAAUGUCGACAUUUCGCUCCUACAUUUGAAAUAGUGAACACCAUUAGAAUUGUAUUGGUGAAUGGAUUUCCUUCUAUUAAUAUACAAAUUUGUAUGUUGUCCAAAACAUACGUAUCUACGUAUCAUAAUUCGUCUGAACCUAAUUUUGAACUGCUCUCAUCAUCUUAUUUUUUAAAGUACCUGCGACUGUCUGAACCAGAAAUAUUAGACGGCGUAAUAACGUUGCUGACAGACUACUGGAAAUUAUUCGAUGACUCAGAGAACCUUGUCUGCUUAUCUUUCCUUGGUUCAGUAGACGAAUAUUCCCUCGAGGAAUUACAACAAACCCUUCUGCAGGUAAGUGGAAUUUGAUCCUGACCUUGAGUAUUUAGGUCGGAAUUUAUUUUAAGUAAGUUUAAGCCAGCAUAAUAAUUAACGUUUAUUGUUUAAAAGAAAUUAUGUCUACAUCAACGAAAAGAUCCUGCCUAACGAUAACAUUAUUGCUUCGUUUUGUAUUUCACACAAGUGUCUGCGCAAAGGAUUGGAUGUUUUGCUUGGCUUAGUCACCAUUCUAAGCCCGAGGAAAUUUAAAACAUCUAUAAGAACGUUUCGAUUCCUUGCCUACUUCUGCAUUCUAAACGUUACUUAGUAAUUAACUGCAAGAUAUACUAGAUUAUCAAUAAUUUUAUAUGCGCCUGGGAGGCUAAAUUUAUUACGUGUUUUAAACCUUUGCUAAGCGCAGUCAGUGUUCGGAAAACAUCUCAAUUCACAAAUAACUGCGUAAUAUUAAAAAAAACCCUAUACAUUAUUUUGCCGCUAAUAUUGAUCGUUAACCGGUAUCCAUUAUUGGACAAUUUUAUUUUAAAUGCGUCAAUCGUCCAGCACUCUCCGAUAUUUUGAAACCCAAUUUGUACACUUACAGUGGGCAUAAUGUUUCCAAUUAGACUUUAUGGACUUUGAAUGCAUCAAUACGUCUUUUGAGAAGAACUGAUGGCGUUAUCUUGCUAAGGAUACUUACAGAUUAUUUUUCGCAUGGCCCCCAACAAACUAGAGACAAAGAUAAACCGUGUGCAUAAUUAUUUUUCAUAAAAGCUUGUCCAUUUUUGGAGCAGUCCUUUGACCAAAAAUUGCAACUGUGGUCUGGUCGACUUUGUCUGGACAUACCGAUUAAGCAAUGCUGCUGAUUUAAAAGAUAAGCGAGAUUAUAAAAAGAGAGCAAAUGAAAAUCUUUUGCCUACAGCAUGAAAAACCAGUAGUGCUUUUCUCUGUUUUUAACCACUUACCCGAAACGUAUACCGUGUGCUUGCACUGCGUACUUUUGCAAGCUAAAUAGUAUUGUGAACGCCGGUUUCGACAAUGUCGACUACGUGCUUCACAUCAAGGGGGCUGACUUGCGCAUGGACCACGCAUGGAUCAGUGCUACAUAUACCGCACGCCCUCCUGUUUUCCACCUGGGCUCGUUUUCAUGACAGAACCAAGAAAGCUGGAGGUAUGAGAGGACGCAAGUGACAGGAAAAGUGAAAAUCCGCACCUACUCAUACCAUCGAGCUCCCUGAUCUACAACGAACGCAUGCAGGGAUUUUAAGGCAACAGCAUGAGGAUAGGGGCAGCGGCACGGAUCUCAGCUUUCACGGCGUGGACUUAAACCCCAUCACAUGUAGACGAAGAGCCUCGUGAAGAAGAGCCGAAGAACACACUUAUCAUUUACGUGACAGGUGUUUGCGCUGGAUGGCGGUGAUUGAGUGCAUGUGUCAUGCACGAGUUGGGUGGGGAGAAUGUGUGGUGAUGUAGUCAAGUCCUACGUUAAAUAACCGCAGAUUUUCACGGAUGUGCAUGCGGUCAAUUAGGCUCAUGUGGUAAGUUAAUGUAGGUGGCAAGCGUGGACAAUGUAGCCGGAUGCGAGGAAUGUAUGUAGGGGCCCCGGGCACUGGUUUGCUAGUGUCCGUGCGACGGUCUCGUCAGUGACCCACCGGGCCGAUGCUGGAGGCGAAGGAACGGUGGCAGUGUAGACAGGAUAAGUCGGAAGGGUGCUGAGUUGGGGGGGUGUACUGCCUUAACCAGUGGUUGCGUAGGUGGGAGGGCUGGAGAUGCGAGUGUUGAUGGGUGUGCAAGAUGUAUUGUGUCGGCACCGCGGUGUGUUCCGCUGUUAUGGAUGCGCAUGUGGCGGAAUAGAACCAUGUAAUGAUUGAACGUGCGAGGACAAUACGGACGGUUACGUCGGGUACGACGUAUGUAUUGUUGUGCUUCUGAUACCGACUCGACAGUCCCUGUGCGAUGGACUCGUUAGUAAUUGACCUGGCCAAUGCUUGAGGUAAAUAUGCGGUCGUUAUGAAGGCAUGUUGGCCUGGAAACCUUAUUGUUGGUGGUGGUGGUGGUGGUGGUGGUGGUGGUGGUGGUGGUGGUGGUGGUGGUGGCACUUCUCUUGAGGCUGGUGGCCUCGAAUUUCAUAUCGGUGAUAGCAUGAUGUCGUCGGAGGCCACACUAGCUUCUUGGGGGGAAUCCUCGUUGUAGAUGGCCGUUAAGAUGGCUGAGGAGGGGGAGGAGGAGGAGGAGGAGGCGAGCGGAUAAUUUCCCUGCGCUGUUGAUAAGCUACAUAACUCUGUGAUUAUCACAGAGUUGUCGGUUUCCUUCGCUCUUGUGGGUCUGGACGACUGUCGAAUACUUGAAAUCCUGAGGGACCGGUUCUCGGAGUCACAUCUCACGGAAUAACGCUGUGAGUUGAUUCAUGAACUGGGGACCGCCGCGCUUGUAUGUUUCAGCUGAGGUCGUUCCGGAGCCUGGUGUUUUCCUGUCGGAGAGUUUUUACGCGACGCGGAUGGCCAUUCGAAAGGAAGGGCGGAAGGUCCACAUGGUGAGCCGGUCGAUGGGAAGUUUGGGACCCUGGGUGGACGGUUGAAGUCAUUAAAGAGGUGUCCGACCCAACGCUUCAGAGUCCGCUACUUAUUGCUUGGAAUGGUUGAUCCGUCAAUGUUGAGAAGCGGGACAGUUCCUUUGAAUAAGACCGUAGACAGCCUUAGUCGCCGCCAAGAGGUUAUUUGAUCCAUCACGGUUCUCAUACCCUUGUAUCUCCUCGAUCUUUAAGGCCAUCCAGGCGUUCCUUGUUUCCCGCAACCGUUGUUGGACAAGGCAGUGACAUAUACAGAUGACCGUUAUGUUUGCAUCGGUCGGGCAACCAAUGUCGGUCCUGUGUAGCCUGUUCUUUCCGGAGAGCAGGUUUCUGAUGACUACUCGUUUUCGUAAAACUGGUCCUGCUGCUGUCGACGUUCACGUUCCGCAGUAGGCACCACCGAGUCUCCACGAAAGCGUUUUUAUUUGGAACUUACAGGUCUCUAAUCGCUGGUUCGGCUGAUUGUGUCCUCCUGCGAGGUUGUAUUCGGACCUUUAUCUUGGAGAUGAGAAAGUGAUUAAUCCAGCUAUCCAGAUCGCCUUGAUCGCCAACACGUCCUGUCGACCUCGCCUCUGAACGAGGACGUAGUCCAGCAACUGCCAGGGCCACGAUCGGGGGGGGGGGCUGCAUUCAGGGGCGCCUUCUUGCGCAUCAGAAGGCGGAAAGAGUUGUUGGCCAGGAGGAUACGGUGUUUUGCGCAGGUCCGCAGGAGACCGUCGCCAUUGCAACUGCUGAUUCUGUUGAGAUCUAGCACCCCCCUCCAGACAGCGUAGUCUGUUCCGACCCGGACAUUGAAAUCACUGCGGCAACCAGCUUGUCCACCUUCGGCACAGUCGCCAGGAGAACGUGCAAGUCUUCAUAGGACUUCCACAUUGCAGCUGGUCACUGGUGGGCGUAGACACUGACGAUGGUGGAAAAUUUGGAUCCCUAAAGAGGCAUACACAGAAUCAUGAGACGUUUUGCGACAGACACGGCAGUCGUCUCACAAUGUCAUUUCGAAUGGCAAAGACGACGCCUGCGUCGCCUCGCUCUGUCUUUGGGCGGCCGCUUCAGAGAAGAUGCAGCUGGUACCCAUCUCCCCAAUUUGGCCUGUUCGGAGAAGCAGGUCUCGCUGAGAACUGCGAUGUCCACUUUGUACCACGCCAGAUCUUGAGCGACGAGUGCUGUACUCCCUUUCGGUCGAUUGCUCCUCGAAUUGUUUAAAAGAUGAUGAACAUUCUAAGCUGCUGGAGUGAGCGCCCUCACCUUGGCAGCCUGUGCUGUGAGACGGAGGGGAAGGGGAUGAAAUUGGUUUUUAAUUGUAGUUUUUCGACUGCAAUUUUUGCAUUUGCGAGCCACGGUAUACUAGCAGAUGACUUGAUUUCCUAGCAUUUGCUCAGAGCACCUUUCUAAUCCCUUCCCCACCAAGGAGUUAACAGUGCUAUCCAAAAAUGGACUUGCUUAGACAUCUCGGACGGCCACCGAACCCCACUUUGGGUCACAGCUUGAUUUGACGGGUGAGCUACCCGACUUGGCCUGCUCUGCCUACGUGAUUAAAUGUCGCCCUCUCCACAGGCUUUCUGAAGUGGAAGGUGGGAGAGGGGAACGAGAGGAAGGGGGAUGAAAGAGUGAAAGGGAAGGGACGGGAAGUAAGGGGCAAGAGAGGAACGGAAUAUUAACAUAAUAUUAACAUAUUAAUAUAUUUCGGACCGUGCCUGAAAAGGCCUGUUUCGAAAGAGUUACUCCAAGUUCGCGCAUUAAUUUCCUCGGAAAUUAAGCAAGGCAAAUAUUAACAUUGUUAUAAGGUGUGGGGAACACACAGCACCAAGUUCCCUUAUCUGGUUUAGCCCGCCGGUCGAGGCGGUUACCGGGCUGUGGUCGCUAGGCAGAGCUUCUGAGAGCCACAUGUGAGAGUUGGACGCCAGCUAGGUACCGUGAGGAGCAGCUGUGGUGCGACUUACCACUCGUGCACAGCUGUCCUUGCAUGGGCACCCUUACAUCUCACGCGCUGCAUAACUACAAUCAGUUAGCUCUAAGGCUCUACCUAAACUAAUAAUCAUUCGAAAAGUUACUUUUGCACUCCCUGAGUGAAAGUAAAUUAGAAUAUGUUUGCAAAAUAAGAAUCAAACACAGGUCCAACCUGAGAGUUUGAAGCCCCAGGAUCUACGUUCAAAUGGAGUCUGACAUUCACACACGCCAGUCACAUUCCCAUUAGCAUUGGCCGCCCAUAAUUUGUUAUAGAUUAUGUAUUUUCGAUCCGCCCUUUUAUCCUGAAAUCUAAGCGCAUUUGAAUUCAACGACUGGGGAAUUCUCUGACUCCAUUAUGAUCGAUAGCACUGAUAUCUUGUGUCACUUCCAUCAACUUCUCUGCAUGUAAUUCUCUUCGUACGAAAUCAUUAGUGCACAUGUGCAGAUACUGGGCGUCUUUUUUACAAGAAUACAAGGCGCAGAUCGGUUUUAACAUUGUCAAAUUCAUCAAUAUAGCUGUGUAGUAAUCGCACGAGAGCUUAGAGAAGUAGUAAAAUAUGUAUGUGGUUUGCGGUUUAACUCUCUCUCUCGGACAAGUGCUCGAACUGGAAGUUCAGAAAACUAUUUCGCCGAGCUUCCCCAGAACACAAAACAGUAAUGGUUCAAGAGGUUUGCCUAUGGAUCACGGCAUAGGUUCCGGAAAUUAAAGCAGUCAUUUUCAGGACCGGAUUGCAUAAUAUAAGCAAUGCUGGAAACUCUGAGUUUCCCACUAGUUUAUCCAAACUCUUGCAAUAGUGUCAUGCACCAACAAAAAGCUACGGAUCCCAUGCUUGAAAUUUAAUGCAGCACCACUACUGUGCUACUGAACACUGCUAUUGAGGCCAAAGAAGUGUGUUUCUCCACACGUCUUAUACCGAUGCCAGUCGGAAGUCUGUGUUCGUGGUCAUCCAGUCUCAGGGCUGAGCCAUGUGUAGUUGCGUUUCUUAGGGGUUUUCUGCCAAAAAUUCAGCUUUUUAAGGAAUUUUAUGACGUCGUUUAAAAGUACUUAGCGAACAGACCGUUAAAUUAUCAGAACCAGCUUUCUCAGUUGCAAUAUUCGCGCUGAAAACUGACCAGUUAGUCAGAACGUUACAUGCGCAUACUUGUCAACAUAAAGCGGAAUGUGCCACCACAGUCAUUACGUCUGCUUGGGGAAAAUAAUAAAAAAACCUUAUAUUGAAUGGGCAAAAACAGACAGUGUUCCACCGCGGUUGAAAUAAUUUAAUUCGAUGCGCAGUCUUUGAAAGAAGACCUCGGCAUAAAUUUUGAUGCUACUGUCGCUAACGGCUACAUCAUGCAAGAACAGAGGAAUGCCGUCGUCGAAAGCUGUCACCAAACGCCUGAACAGAUGAUGAAGCUCGAGGCCGCCAGAAAGGGGCAUGUGUUCUGCGGAUAAUAAUACCCAAACGUUACUGCCUGACUGCUGGUCACCCUUUGUGGCGUCGCGUAAAAUGGCCGAGACUAGAUGGGGAAUUUGCCUAUACCUCGAAAACCUGGACAAAUGAAGUGAAUUAUUUUAAAUCUUCCAGAACACCUCUGAAUUAGGUGAGCCUGGUAGUCAGCUGGUGGAUUCUAGAUGUAUUACUUAGGAAAUACUGCUUGGCCAGUCAGUUUCUUGUAUCAGAUUUUGUGGAUUCCAGACGUUGCGGUAAGUUGGGCGGGUAAACGUGACCCAAAUGUAAUUAAACUCGCGUCCUCCGGUGGGGCCUCGUAGCUCAGAUGGUUAGAGCCUUGGCUGUACUAAAGCCUUCCCUUGUUGUCGUGGGUUCGAAUCCCACCGAGGCACCGAGUUCUUCACAGUUGUAUCAGAGUGAAAUAUACUCUGUUGAGGUCAGAAGUAUCAAUGCAAAAUAGGAGAAAUGCGAGUCGGCAUCGUGAACUGUACGUUGGCCAUACAGGAGUUGCGUUGGACCAAUGCGGUAACCGAAUCAGAGACCGCCACUUGUUAUUGGGCCGCACACCCAUAACAAAUGCUUUACGUGGGGCGGGGGUGUGUGCCAGUACGCUUAGAUUCAGAAUUAGCCCCCCCGAACGGGCCACGUGGUAGAUGGGCUGAACCAGCACCGGGCCAUUAUCGGAUUGCGCGCCACAACAAAUGCCAACAUUUCGGGGGUGCGUUGGCAGACCCCGUUGCCGGCAGACGUCACGCAUGCCUGGACCUCUGCCGCCCCCAUUGUUGUUGUUGGUUAAAAAAACCUGGCCAUUUUCUGUGUUGACCAGGGGGUGUGGAGUGGGGGGUGUGUCGAUCGCGCCAUCCACCUGCGCCCUCCCCGGCCACCGGUCCUCUUGACUAUGUCUUGACACCGGGUCCAGGUGGGGGGGGGGGGGAGAGUGCGGCAGAUGCUGUGCAAGUUUGCGCACAAGUCACCAUCCCUGCUUUCACCCUGCUGUAGAGCAUAGAGUGGACAUCGUCGAAAUCGACGGUAGAACGAUGUGUAGAUGGAGAAUCACCUCGUGCCAACCACUUGUCCGAUCCCCCUCCAGUUUUUUGGCUUUGUUAUGAUACCGAGUCCGGGAGGGUGAGGAAAAAAAGAGAAUGCGGUAGAUGCGACGUAAGUCUGCUAUUAUUAUAAGCUAACUCACACGCAAGUCACCGUCCCUGCAUCCACUAUGCUGUUGGAAACGGUGGACAUCGUCGGUAACGACGAUCAUACUGUCAUCAUAACACAAGGCCAAAUAAACUGAUAAAAUGUACGAUCAUACUUUCUUUUUCAUGCGCCGGAAAUAACCUGAAUUUCGCUCAUCUUGUAAACCGAAAAGAAUAGUACUUUAGUCGCAUGAUGUCCAUUAAUGUAGGGCAAACAGAAUCAGAAGUUACACACGUAAAUUUUUAGCAAAUUACAAAAAGAAAUGCAAUGAUAGUGCACGUUAUUACCUGUAAAAUGCACGCGCCCUGCAUUUUAAAACUCUUAUAUAGCAUUGUUUCAAAAUUUUGCAAGCGUUAUGCAGCUGUUAUAUCACAGGUUAGGGAAUGGAGCAAUUUCGGGGAAUUUUUGACUUCCGGAAUUUUUGUACAUGAGUCAACUUGGUGUGAAAGUGUUUGUAUUUUCUAGUAACAAACGUCGAUGGAAAUAGAAUGGGACAGCACAAGCUCAUAUGCUACUUUUCUGAAUGGUAAGUCCUUUGGAUGAGACCACUUACGUUGAAGUCGCAGACCCGGUGGACGGAAAAGAAACGCUGAUUGAUAAUCACCAUGAGCCGUCCAAGUACACGGACGAAGACGAAACUUUUACGUGCUCUUCUUAAGAAGAACUAAACGAAGGUCACUUAGGCGCGAUAAGGUGCCCAGGCCGCUCUACGGAAAAUACAUUUAAAUGUCGUGGCCGUGUACAUUGUGUUAUUACAACUGAGUUUUAGUAUAUCUGCUUCGUUAUCGUUACAAACCUCUGGAAAUAGUCCUAUCACUUUUAUUAGAACUCCCGAAGUUGCUCCGAGCUUGACACACCUUCCUAAUUCAGGCCGCUCAAAAAUUCUUUGCGAAAAGUAAACGAGUGUAUGAAGAGUUCACUUCAGUAACGGUGAAUGCAAUGUGUUGAUAAUCGAAGUAAGUGCGUCAACGCUUGACUACUUUUUAGCUCCCUCAGAAAGCCAAUAAGAUCAUUUUUUGUGGACUACAGACCUUUAUCCGACUUGACAGUAUCGUUCCCCAUCUUGACUUGUACAGCUGAUGAUCGAAGUAACGAAGUCGAAGCGACUCGUCAUAUUCUGCUCUGGGGAGGAUAACGACUUGACAAGGACCCUUGGAAGAGCUCUUGCACGUGUCAGAUCACUGCUACGGCUGGUCAAGAAGGACUACACACCACCCUAUUUCGUGGGCUUUCUUCCAUGGGAAAAACUCAAACAUUCGGAGCGGUUUGAAAAACACGUUAGUUCUAUGCAUUAUAGUUCUAUUCUUAUCCGCGCCAGUGGCCGAUUUUUUGUGUCACGUCAGCGGGUCAGUUUAUGAGUUCUUGAAUAGUGAACAUAGUGCGCUUGAAUACUUUGACUAUCUGCCGUGAGGCAUAUUACCUUGGCAUGCGUCUCAGCAAAAUGUCAACAGUCGCAUUAUUUUCGAUAGCCGCCAAGUCAACCACCAUCGUGGUCUAGAGAGGUCUUCGAGAUGGCCAGAGCUGGUUGUGUGGACAUGUAUGAAGACAUGGGCCGAGCUCAUUUGAGGUAGGUAGAAAAGGAAUGUU